UAUUUAUGUACACAAAUAAAAAUAAUAACAAAAGCAAUAUUUUCUUCUUUAUUUCUUUCUUUCUCUAGUAAAGAAGAGAAGAACUAAACCUGCUUUGUUCUGCUCUAUUCUGCUCUUUGUCUGUAAUAUUUAUCUCUCUUUAUCUUUUUUUUUUUCUCUCUUUGCUCUUUUUUCAUGGCUCUCCUAGCUUUUGCACCAGAGCCCACCGACUCCAAGAAACCCACUCAUCAAUCAAAACGCAAGAAGCGGCCCAAGCAGCAGCAACAACAAGCAAAGCAGCAUCAGCAGCAGCAGAAACCGACUUCUUCAUGGGACCAAAUCAAGAACCUCCUCACUUGUAAACAGAUCGAAGGGUCUCGAGUCCAUGACCCCUCCAAAAACGGCACCGUUGGCUACUCCAAGCUCGGCUCUUCAUGUGGCUCUAUUUGUAGCUUCAGAGACGUUGUUCAUGGCAACACUAGGGUUGUUCACCGAGCCGACAACUCGCCCGAGAAUAGCACGGUCGGACAGGAAACCGGGUUGCUGAGUCGGAAGGCCGUUAACGGUUCAUCAACUCGGUCGACGUCCGGGUCGGCGAGAUCCAACGGUGGCACUGGGUACACGUUAUCCUCUAGAGGAAUGCAAUUCCGGAAGCUGUCUGGUUGCUAUGAAUGUCACAUGAUCGUUGACCCAAGCAGGUAUCCGAUUAUUCCAAGGAGUACUAUUUCUGCUUGCUCUCAAUGCGGAGAGGUUUUUCCGAAGAUUGAGAGUCUGGAGCUUCACCAGGCAGUUCGCCAUGCCGUAUCGGAGCUGGGUCCGGAAGAUUCGGGUCGGAAUAUAGUAGAGAUAAUAUUCAAAUCGAGCUGGCUGAAGAAAGACAACCCGAUCUUUCAGAUCGAACGGAUCUUAAAGGUCCAAAACACGCAGCGGACGAUCCAACGGUUCGAGGACUGCCGUGACGCGGUGAAGACACGUGCACUGAACAGCACACGAAAGAACCCGAGGUGCGCGGCCGACGGGAACGAGCUGCUACGAUUCCACUGUUCCACGCUCACGUGCUCAUUGGGCUCACGUGGCGCGUCCAGCCUGUGCGGGUCAGUGCCGGGUUGCGGCGUGUGCACCAUCAUCCGGCACGGGUUCCAGGGCAAUAAGUCGGGUAGUAGUAGCAAUAAUAAUAAUAACAAUACUGCAGCGACUACCACUACUUCUAUUGCUACUCAGACUCAGGGCAGCGAGUCGGGCAAAGGAGUGUGGACCACAGCAAGCAGUGGUAGGGCCCACGACUCGCUGAGGUGUACGGACGGGCGUAGAGCUAUGCUUGUCUGCCGUGUCAUCGCGGGCAGGGUGAAGCGCUAUGCGGACGAUGCGCCGGCGGAGGAGGAUAGCGUGUCCCUCGGCUCCUCCUACGAUUCCGUUGCCGGUUACGCUGGGGUGUACUCGAAUCUUGAGGAGUUGAUUGUUUUUAAUCCAAGGGCUAUCCUUCCUUGUUUCGUAGUCAUCUACAAAGCUCUCGACUCCCCGUAAACGUCGUCGUUUUGAAUUUUUUGUUUUUAUAUUUAUUUUUAUUUCGAACGGUUAAACCAAAAGCCUCGCUGACCCGUUCCUCUCCCAAACCAAUGUACAUAAAUCUGCUUCCGUGGAUGUGGUGUUCUCUGUAUAACUGGUGUGACGACUGCGCUUCUUGACCGUUGGAUGAUGGAGGGCUUUAAUUAAUCGACGGUCAAGGAGCUGCAGUCGCGACAAUGUUAGCAAUAUUUUGUCGUUUCUAUAUUAUAUAUAUUGAUAUUAAUAAUAGUAGUUUAAUUGCA